GAUGCAUUUGAAUGUCCAAGGCACGAAACAUCCGAUCCGGCCGGGACUAAGUUUGAUUGGUUCGGUGGCAAAUGAACGGUACAACACAAUACUGCUGCAGGACAGGAGUAUUUGCCCCAAACAUGCCAGCCUUCGGUUUGACAGUGUCACAAACAAACUUGAAAUUUUGGAUCUCUGCUCCAUACAAGGGGUUUCCGUUAACCAAAAACUUAUCGAUCCUUUAUGCUGGAAGGAAAUCACAACCCAGAGUCAAGUACAGCUCGGCAGUGUACUUGCCUCAGUUGAAAUUGACAACAAAGAAACGGUUGAUGAGCCAUCAUUCUUGCACAAUGAAGAUUCAACGGACGUUAUCGACUGCAGUUUGGAGGAAACAACACCAUCCACUCUUCAAGGCAGUAGAAAAAUGGUGCAACCCAAUGUUGCUUUAUUGGCCACAUCACAGCGAAGAUCUUCAUUGAUUGAAACAGCAGCCACCGUACACGAACCACCGCCUUCCUCAUCGUUGCCAGUGGGCAGUCAUAGUUUUCUCGUACCGGAAACGCAACAAUUUAAUGAUAGUAUUGCAGUUUCUUCCAAACACAAUGAAGCAUCCAUCCCCAAAAAUGAUGAACCUGCAGAAAAUAACGAGUUAAACGGUGAAGAUGAUGAAGAUUUCUUUUUCAUACCGGAAACACAGCAACCGGAAGAUGAGUUGGCCUGUCCAUCGGAAGUGUUCGGUGUGAUCGGGUCUGGGGUACAGGAAACGCCCGCAGAACAAACCGCAGCGACGGAAGAUGAAUACUUUCAAAUGACAGCAGAUAAUGAUGAAAAUAGUAAUGAUGGGAUGUUUAACAACAAGUACGUGGAAGAGUCGCAAAACUUGAUGGAAAAUCUUGAUGUAUCGUACAAUGGCGCCGUUGUUGCAUCUCGAGGUUCGAUACUGCCCGAGCGUUCCGUUGAUUCAAUAUCGUUCCAAGAGCUUCGCAAUACGACGAACGAAAUGAGCCGUAUCGAGUGGAAUGAGAGCAAAAAGGAAGAUGAAAAUUUGGUAGAGAAGCGAUUGGAACCAACGAAAGGCGGUGGAAAAGCUAAUGAAGCAGAUGAUCGUUCAAUCACACCGGAACUACAUUUUGAUAAUGAUCCACCAGUGGCAACGGUCGUAAAGAGUACCUCAAGUUCUGAGGAAAUCUGUAGAAACAAAACUGGUUCUGUACCGGAAGCUAAUCAGUUAACGGAAAAUGCGAAAGCGAUUGAUCACGCGAUUCGUUCAUCAGUAACACCCGAGUUGCGCUUCGACGAUCAGGAAAAUGUAGACGAUGAUGAGCAUGAAAUUUCGCUUAAUCAAGAAGGAUGUACUAAUCUGAAGACUUGUCAAUCUUCUCCGAUAAAGGACGACGAGGCUCGUGUGCGAAACGUGUAUGAAAUGGAAACGCAGCCAUUUGCAGACGAUGAUCCGUACGGCCUAGUAACGCAGCCUCUUCAAAGGUUGGACGUACAAUUUAAAUCUCUCGUUUCGCCUCAGAAGCGGCCGGUAGAAGAAGACCCGUACGAAUUACAGACGCAACCGUUGGUUGUGGAAAAAGCUAGUACUAGCAAGUCUUCGAACAAGUCACCAUUUUUAAAGCCUAUCCAACCAGCAGCACAAAGUAAAAGAAAUCGUACGCCUGAAGUUGAUUAUGCGAACAUGCCAACGCAGCCAUUCUCUCCUCCCGAAUUCCUAUACCAGCCACAUAUGGAACACGGCGGGACAAACGCAGGCAAUGAAUCGCCCCAUGCUAAUUCAACACGAAUUUCCGUCUUUAAAAGACAAACGAAAGAUGGAAACACGCCGGAAAUUGAUUAUGCAAACUUGCCAACGCAACCAUUUACACCUCCAGAGCUGUUAGUGCAACCGACAAACGCAUCACGAUAUAGAAGCAAGGAGGCUCUAUCCACAUCCGCACCAUCGAUCGAUGACGAUGAUUUACUAACGCAACCGUUAAGUCCACCAAAAGAGCAACUCGAUACACCCGUCUUGUAUCGUGCGGCCAGCGCGUUUGAUCCGUACAAUUUAGACACGCAUCCUUUAAACCCUGCUGCAACGGAAACGACCAAAGAUGGGAUAGAAAAGAAAAAACCUAUCCUGAAACUGGUCGAUUUAAAGGCAUGCCACUUGUCGCCACCGAUUGAUAGUAGUUUGAAAAACUAUCAUUCUUUGGUGAGAGAUGGCGAUGAGAAUGUUUACGAUAUUGAAAGGCUGCGGUUACUAGAAUUUGGCGCACUGGCAGAGCAUGAAGUGUCGCAAUUUAAUCCACAAAUAAAUAGUACGACGCGUCUGUCACUGGUACAGGCGCAGCACGCUGUUGAACCAGGUGUACAAAUAUCUCCAACGACUUCUAACAAGGAAAACCACACGAUAAAGGAAACAGAAAGUGAAGAAGUAUCACACGAUACGGACGAAGAAGAGCUAGGGUUGGCUGAAACGAUUCCAAUCGAAACACUUUUCCCACACAAGCCAAAGACAGACUGUGCGGAGAAUGGGAAGGAAGUGAAGCUAUUCAAAAUACCGCUCAAGAAAUCGGACACACUGGCGACUCCUAAAGCUCAAAGAAAAAGAAAAGAAAAAGGUGUUGAGAUGUCAGAAUUUCUCACCCCGGAACAUCCGAUGUUACUGCUACCGAAAGCCGAUGUUAUCCGCUCCGUGUCUGAUCAAAUGCGAGGAUCAAACACGCUACAAUCGAACGCCGCGGCCAAGCCCAAACCAAAGUACCAUUUUAAUGAAAGUAGUAGUAGCAGCGACGAUGAGGAUCACGUUAACGGUCGGUUGGCGUUCAAGAAAACGAACGUAAGUAUAGCGCUGGAGAAAGAGUUGGCAAAUGUGCGGGAAAUUGGCAAGCUAAAAAAACAGCAAGAGCUCUCCGCGCGUGAGAAACUUCCACCCAAAAAGGAAGAUGAUGAGAAACUGGAAGCGAUCGGGAAGGUUAAAGCUCGGGAUGAAGAUAGCAGAUGCAGCAAAAGAACGGCUCAACGUAAAGCAUCGGUAGAAGUAGAGAAAAUCAAAGCAGAACCUUCGAAAAGGGCAAAGGAUGUCGAGAAAUCAUUGCAAGGCAAAAAGAAAUCAAGUCGCACGGUGGCCAACGGUAAGGAAUACAAACCGCACGCCAAACAGUCCUAUCAUUGUGCGAGCGAAACUACCCGACCGGAACGAAAAUCAUCCGAGGCAAGAUCUUCGCAUGGAUGUCCUAAUGUACCUGUACGCGUUUCGACCCGCCAACGACGGGAUUCGUAUAAGAAAAGAAUGAUGGAAGAAUCGGUCGAUUAUCUGCCAGACUCGCCUAAGAAAUCAUCUAACGCCGUGUCACCGCCAUCUACUCGUGCGAGUCGUAAACGAAAGGAGGAUCAUCAAUCAGCAGCAGAACGUGUAGAAAGCUGUAAAAUUGGAGCUGUUGAAUCUAAACGACAUAAAACAGGGCCGUCGGAAGUAGAGAAGAAGGAGGAGCGUACACGAAGAACAUCAACGGCUAGCCGCACCAACAAGGUAGUGGGUAAAUCAUCCGAUUUAUUUGAGGAACGGGGCAUAUCGUCAGACGAUCUGACGAAUGAUAGGGCGACAGGCGGCGGGAGCACAACGGAAGAAAGUGAUGCAUCCGCUGUGCCGGCAACACGAUCCACUCGACUGCGACUUAUUUUCACAAAAAUGAACCCAGAACCGUACCGACAGUGUAUAGCCCGUGCGGGUGGUAAAAUAGUGGACAUGCCCGAGCUAGCAACCAUCCUAGUGACGGAUCACAUUAUUCGCACAUACAAGUUUCUAUGCAGCGUUGCGAAAGGAAUCCCGAUCGUUGGACAAUCAUAUCUGGAUGCGUUGCAGAAAUCUGGCGGAAAGGAGUAUGUCGAUGCAUGGGACCACAUCCUAUCCGAUCCCGUCAAGGAGAAGCGUUAUGAUUUUAAUCUGCGUGAAACACUGUUGAAAGCAAAGCGGCAUAAACUAUUUCAAGAUUACACUGUUUUUGUUACCUCCAGCACACAGCCACCACCGUCGGAAUUGUGCUUAAUACUUUCGUGCGCCGGAGCAAAAAUAUCGAAGCACUCCAGCCAAUCGCCGAAAAAUACAGGCAAAAUGUUUGUCAUAUCCGAUCCUGCCGACAGUGCGUCAUGGGUAAAGUAUAGGGAAAAGUUUCCAAACAUUGAAAUCGUUUCGACCGAAGGGUUUAUGCUUUCAAUCAUGCAGCAUUCGAUCAACUUCAGGAAGUAUCGUUUGUUGUAA